AAUAAAGAGUGGAAAGGAAAUUUAAAAGAACCCAUGAAUAACCAGUAUUAAAAAACAUAUUAAGCGGCAAAUUCAUUGGUAUAUUAGAAAUAGAAAUUUAUAUUGGAUGUGGUUGGAAUAUUGUCCAUCUGUAGAGGUUUUUAUCAAUUUUGAUGCCCUUGUUUGGGGAACUUGAGGUUAGAAAGAAAGAUCUAGAAUAUAGAGAAAUACUGCUAGUAUAAUUAGUAAUUAAUUUGUAUAUCUGGAGUCUACUAGUCACCAAAAUGGCAGGAUUUCAGCCUAUAAAAUCUGUUGAAGAUAGUGUUAUCAAACCACAGAAUGGCCAGAUGCACAUCCUCAAUCCACACAUUGCCACAAUGGAGGAAGAUGUUUUAUACCAUAUUGCACUAGGUAAUAAAUCACAUGAUCUGAAAGAGAUGUUUAAAGAUGUCAAGUUUGUGUGUUUUGGUGGUUCUCCUAGUCGUAUGAAGAAAUUUGCUGAGUUUAUGGUAGAAGAAUUAAAUUAUAAACUACCUGCUGGACAGACAUUAUGUAAUAUAGCUCAUGGUUCUGACCGUUAUGUAUUGUAUAAAGUUGGACCUGUAAUAUCUGUUAGUCAUGGUAUGGGUAUGCCAUCAUUAUCCAUCAUUUUUCAUGAGAUAAUGAAGCUUCUUCAUCAUGCUGGUAGUAGUGAUGUUACAUUUUUUAGAAUAGGUACUAGUGGUGGAUUAGGCGUGGAACCUGGUUCUGUAGUUAUAACUGAUGAAGCUGUUGAUGGUAUUUUAAGACCUUAUAUGGAAGUAGCCACACUGGGAAUGAUGUUACAGUACCCAGCUAGCUCAGAUAAAACAGUUUCUCACGAUUUAUUGAAUAUGUCUAAAGACAAUGACCAUUUUAAGACAUUACUGGGCAAGACAAUGUGUACUCAGGAUUUCUAUGAAGGACAAGCCAGACUUGAUGGAGCAUUCUGUGAUUAUAGUAAAGAUGAUAAAAUGUCAUUUUUAAAAAGAGUUUAUGAAAGAGGUGUACGGAACAUUGAAAUGGAAUCAUUAUGUUUUUCUGCUUACUGUCACAGAGCUGGCAUUAAAAGUGCAGUAAUUUGUGUGACUUUACUAGACCGUCUCCAUGGUGACCAAAUCUCAACACCUCAUGAUGUUAUGGAAGAAUGGCAGAAUCGACCUCAAAUUAUUGUGUCAAGAUAUAUCAAACAAAAACUUAGUAUUUCUUGA